AUGGGAAAGCUAAGCUGCAGCCCUCGCCAUUCAUCAACACACGUGGGUAGGCAUCCACACAACCUCAUUCACAUGGACGUCUCUGGUCCAAUGCCAGAUGCAUCUGUGGGUGGGACUCGCUGCUUCACCGCCUUAUAUGAUGACUUUAGCAAGUUUUUUGAGUUGUGCUGCAUAGCAGUCAAAGGUGAGGUACCUGGCACUGUUCAUAAAGUUUCGCAGCAGUGGGAAAGGCAGACCGGGGUAGAGGUUCAUUUUUUGUAUCUGUAG